CAAAAUUUAAAUAUAUUUUUUUCUCUAUUAUUUCAAUUCAACAAAUAAAACUCUUAUUUUGAAAUAGAGCCAUUAUAAUAUUCUCUUCUCAACUACCAAACCCCGCCUUAUAAGAUGCAUUUAAAUACCAAAACCUUGUCAUUCACGAAUCAUAAUCACAAAGCAGCCAUAUACAGCUAUCAUCUACAUCCAAGUCUAUACCCAUAUACCAAUACCAAAUUAAUCACCAUAACUUCUGAAGAACAAACAAGAUGAUGAAGAUGAGAUCAUAUUACAAUCUCAACACAGCCAUUUUAGCUUUACUCUUCCUAGCAUUCUUCUUCUCAAAACCAACACUUCAAACUUCAUCAUCAUCACCAUACCCUAAAUACCCUCCACCGCCUCCCUGCCAAAGACUUGUAAAUGCAUAUUUUGCUUUACAAGCUUUUAAACGUUCAAUCACAUCAGAUCCUCAAGGGUUCACUUCAAAUUGGUUCGGUCCAAAUGUUUGCAACUACAACGGAGUUUUUUGUGCACCGGCUCCGGUUGACCCGAAAUGCGACACGGUUGCCGGAAUUGACCUAAACCAUGCUGGAUUAUCUGGUGUAUUACCUGAAGAAUUAGGUCUCCUAACUGAUCUUGCCCUUUUCCAUAUAAACUCGAAUCGAUUCUGUGGUACGCUCCCAAAGAGCUUCACCAAACUUAAACUCCUUUUCGAGCUUGAUGUGAGCAACAAUGAUUUUUCCGGUGAUUUCCCUUCUGUUGUUCUAAACCUACCUUCACUCAAAUAUCUUGAUAUAAGGUUCAACAAUUUCCAAGGAAGUAUUCCACCAGCCCUUUUUGACUUAAAGCUUGAUGCUUUAUUCAUAAACAACAACAAAUUCAAGUCUUCUUUACCUAAGAACAUUGGAAACUCAACAGUUUCGGUUCUUGUUUUGGCCAACAAUGAUUUUCAAGGAUGUUUGCCUUCCGGGAUCGGAAAAAUGGGCAAAACCCUUAAUGAAAUCAUCCUCAUGAAUGCCGGAUUAGGUGCUUGUUUGCCAGAAGAGCUUGGAUUACUGAAAAAAGUCACAGUCUUUGAUGUGAGUUUUAACAAUCUUGUCGGGAAGCUGCCGGAAUCCAUUGGGGAAAUGACUAGUUUGGAACAACUGAAUGUAGCACAUAAUAAACUUUCCGGCGAGAUUCCGGCGAGUAUUUGUUCGCUGCCGAAGCUGCAGAACUUCACGUACUCGUACAACUACUUUUGCGGUGAGCCCAAUAAAUGUCUUAGUUUGCCGGCUAAGGAUGAUACGAAGAAUUGUAUUCCGAGCAGGCCGGCACAAAGAUCAGCCCAAGAAUGCCAGGCUUUUUACUCACGUAAUCUCGUGGAUUGUAGUGCUUUUGGUUGUCAAUCUAAACGUUGGCCGCCGCCGCCGCCGCCCAAGGUUAGUCGUCCUCCACCUCCAGCACCGAAGAAGCCGGUAGCAUCAUCACCUUCGCCGCCACCACCGGUGUAUUAUUAAUUAUUUUACUUAUUUUUUUGGGGUGGGUUUUGAUUGUAAUUUUUAUUCAAAAAAAAAAGGAAGAAAAGAAUUGUACCCCAAAAAAAAAAAAGAAAAAAGAAAAGAAAAAAAGAUUGGUUAAUUAAAUACAUACUUUAGCAAUCAUCAAUAGUGAUUUUUUUUUAUUUACAUUGGACAAACUACUUUGUAUUGUCCUUAGAUUGACCUGACGUGGCUCUCUCUAUAUAUAUAUAUAUAAGUUUUUAAAUUCAUUUUCUUUUCUUGUGGGAAAGAGUUUAUUUGUACUUUUUGCCUUUUAACUAUUUCUAGCUUCUAGAAUAUACAAUUUGAAUUAAAUUAUCGUGGUG